CGUUUUAACGUUAUUUUUGGGGCCGCAUUCAUGCAUUGAAAAAUAGUUAUAUAUAUCAGAGACGUUACGUCAUGUUCCAGCAUGCAAUUGACAACACCUGCCAAAAGGUGGCGACAUGGUCCGUUUCUGUCGAAGCCCAAGCCGGACGCCAGAGAUGAGAUGUCAAUCAAAAUGUAAGGCUGCUCAUUGGCUGUUGACAGUAAGAAGAACAGCCCCUAUUCUGUUGACAUAUAACGACAACCAAUGAGCUGCUAACAUUUCGUUUCACAACACAAAGUGGGCGGGGGCAAUUAAAUAACUUUUCAGCGUGGCGCGAAAGCGUUUUUCUCCUUUAAAAUAUCAGAAGUCAAACAGCCUUAUAAGUGUGUGAGUAACUUAUAACCACCUGAAGACAGUUAUCCUGACGUGACAAGUCCACGCGUGCUGACAUACGUGCACUUGUAUGGAGACAAGACGAACAAAACGCGUUACUGUGGCGGUACAGUCAUUGGAAAUGAGCCCUGCGGAGGGACCAGGGCGACGAUCAGCACCGAAACGGUACCGCUACUCACCCGAAAAAACUCACGCUAAAACACAGAAAAAGGGGAAGACAACAACGCGCAGUGACCAUGGCGGACUUUCGCCAUAUGAGCUGGAGCGUCUGGAGAACAUCAGACAGAAUCAAGCUUUUCUGUCAUCCAUCAACCUGUUCCAGGCAACUGAGGAGUUAAAGCAGUUGACACAGCCGAAGGCAUCGCAGAGGCGUCUCCUGAGUGGCAGGGUGAAGGCUGCUGCAAAGGAAGCGCUGCCGGCUCGCAAAUCCCUUCGUCUCCAAAAUAAAGAGCCCAAUACCUUGAUACUUCCUGGUGAACCCGAGGGGUUGCUGUACAUGCAAACGUCACUCAAGAAACCUCCCGGUCCUCUGCCUAUGGAUCCGAUCAACAUGGACGAGGGAAGCAAGCUGCCAUCAUCACUUCUUGAGCUGUGCUCAGAGGGUUACCCCGAAGAAAGAAAAGUGGAUCUUGAUCUGAAAGACUACCGCUCAGCCCUGAAGAACAUGAGGAUAACUGAGGACACAGUGGCCAAAGUGGUGAAGGGCCACAUCUACUCUGCUUCCUUCCACCCGUGUACCAGCAGCCUGUUGGUUGCCGCCGGCGACAAGCUGGGCAAUGUUGGACUCUGGAAGCUGGGUGGCGAGGGGGUUGAUGAUGGUGUGCUGCUCUUCGAGCCCCACACUCGUCCAGUCAGCUGCAUGGCGUUCUCCAGGGCUCACCCCACCCAGCUGCUGAGCUGCAGCUAUGACGGAUCUCUACGCUGCAUGGACGUAGAGAAGGCCGUCUUUCACGAUGUGUACGACAUUGAAGAUGGCCUGAGAACGUUCGACUUCAUGUCACGUGACUGUUCGACACUGGUAGUCGGGAACUGGUUGGGAGAAGUUGCCAUUGUCGAUAGGCGGACUCCAGGAAACACCCACGAGUCCCUUCACUCUUUGGACAAGACCCUGCGCUGUGUCAGCGUCCACCCUUUACAGAAACAGUACUUUGCGGUUGCAGAACGCCGGACGGUGAAUAUUUACGACAGCAGAUGUCUGAAAAAUUCAAAAACCCCGGCGGUCUCCCAGCUGCAUGGACACUCUUUGAGCAUAUCCAGCGCCUAUUUCUCCCCUUGCACUGGAAACAGGCUUCUCACCACCUGUAUGGAUGAGAUGAUCAGGAUAUACGACACAUCUUCAAUGACGGAAAAAUCCCCCCUGCUGACAUCCAUCAGACACAACACACACACGGCCCGGCCGACCAAACUGACCAAGCUGUCGGCGGUGUGGGACCCCAAGCGGGAAGACUGCUUUGUGGUCAGCUCGUCGCGGCCCCGGUCGGUGCAGGUGUUCCACCAAAGCGGCCAACUGCAGCGCCACUUUGUGGACGGGGAGAACUUCAACACGGUGCUGUCGGUCGCUGCUUUCCACCCGUCAAGGAAUGCCUUCGUCGGCGGCAACGGGUCAGGGCGCCUGCAGGUCUUCUCAGACUAAGAUGAUGCAUGGAGCAAUAAUGUGACCACGACCUUUAGUCGACCUUCUUUCAGGUAGGAGAUAUUUUCGUUACGGUCGAGGGGAAGGAGGUUACCUCGGUUCUCUCCUCUUUGUCUGGAGCUCCGUAUCGCUUUAAGGCCGUUGUCGUAAGUCGCACACUAAAUUGUAAAAUGCAGUUGUAUUUAUCUUUUUUUUCCAGUUUUCUGUGUGGAUUGUUCUGUAUUAAUGAGGACCACCCCCACCCCACCUGUUUCUUUACUCAUAGUUCUCCUGAGCGUUAUUUGUGAUUUUCUUCAUUAAAAUAAAACGGCUGCUAAUCUUUGUUAUAUUUGUUCAAACCCCAAAUUACAUUACAACAGCAGUCAAUAAAUCAAAUAUUCUGACAAGAACAUUUCAUUCGGUACCUGUCUCGUGACUCUGUACUUGAACUGUUGGUUGCAAAUGAAUAACUGAUUGACUCACUUUGUUGGCUUUGCUCUUUACUUUUCUGUUAUAAUAUUUAUAACGUUUAAUACUUCAAAUGUGUUGAAGGACCCAAACAAUUUCUAAAAUUGGUUCCCUUCGGGUGUUUUUUGUAUUCUUUUUAAAAAUAUUUUAUUUCGUGACUGAAGCAAAGUGAAUAAAUGGGGAGAUUUUUACACAAAACA